AUGUAAGGCGAGCCGGGGCCUCGCUGCCUCUUCCCUGCCCUGCCCCGCACCACCUCCAUUGUUCCCAGUCGCUCUCAGAACUUUCCCCAAAGGCCCGGCGAGCCGUCCACUGCACACGCGUGGACCUCGGGUUCCUUUGUGCGGAGCCUCCGAAGAGGGCGGCGGGCCGCGGGUCUCCCCAGGCAGCAGGCGUCCCACCUUGGUUGUGGGCAGGUCGGGCCGAAGCCAGACCUGGGCGCCCAGGCCACGGACCAGGGGCUGACAGGACGUGGACACACAUGGCACGGGGACCACCAUCCACCCUACAAGAAGCAAGUGAAGGCUCCCUAAGGAGAGACACCCUGGUGACCCAUGCAAGGCUCUGGAGGACAGAGGCAGGGGGCCAUGCAGGGCAGCCAGCGGCCCUCCCACACGCCCUGGCCUCCCAGACCUGGGCGUGAGCUCCUCUCAGCCCCUUGCGGAGGCACGGGUUUGCUGAGCGCCCACUUUCUGUUCUGUAAAGAGGCCGUGGUAAGGGGAGAUGAAAUAACACAGGUUCACGAGGGUCUUCCAUUCAUCACACCGGAGCGCCAUUUCCCGCCAGACUUUUUACCUGACCAGCCGGCAGGGAGGCCAAGCGCAGAGAUGCCGACACCAGAUGGACAGUCCCUGCAGGCCCCACAGUCACCACAGAGACGGGAGCCACCCACAAGAGGAAGCCCAAAUCCAGGACGCUGGGCAGCACCCCUCCCCGGGCAGGGCGGGCCUGACUGCGUGCCCAGUUCAAGGGCUAGGACCACGGGCCGCCCAAAGGGCCCGCAGAGGGGUGGGGGCCACGUCUUCCCAGAGGUGCCCCCUCACCAGUGCCCCAGCGCCUGCGGCCCGCAGCCGCACCCACUUCCUCCACUGCCAGGGACCACCUCCUCGGACCCAGAGCUGGACGAUGCUGACACUGCCAGGCCCCGGGCCGCCCUCCUGGAGAAGCACCCGCUGGAGGGGGAGAAGCAGCGGCCCGGCACCGGGCAGGGCCCCUUCUUCUACAUCGGAGGCACCAACGGGGCCGCAAUAAUCAGCUCCUAUUGCAAAAGCAAGGGCUGGCAGCGCAUCCAGGACAGCCGGCGGGAAGACUACAAGCUCAAGUGGUGCGAGGUCAAGUGCAGGGACACCUACUGCAGCUUCCGGGAAGGUGAGCAGCUGCUGUACCAGCUCCCCAACAGCCAGCUCCUUACCACCAAGAUCGGGCUUCUCAGCGCCCUGAGGGAGCACGCGCGUGUCCUCAGCAAGACCAGCAAGCUGGCCCCCUGCGCACAAGCCAAAUCUGGAAAGGACACGACACCCGCCCCAGAAGAGCUCAUGUGGAGCAGCUCAGGACACCUUGGGCCACAGAGCGUCCUGAAAAUGGAAGACUUUUUCCCAGAGACCUACCGUCUGGACAUCAGGGACGAGAGAGAGGCUUUCUUUACCCUCUUUGAUGAAACCCAGAUGUGGAUCUGCAAGCCCACCGCCUCCAACCAGGGCAAAGGCAUCUUUCUGCUCCGGAACCAGGAGGAAGUCGCCGCCCUCCAAGCCAAGACCCAGAGCAUCGAGGACGACCCCAUCUACCGCAAGAUGCCCUUCCGGGCGCCUCAGGCGCGGGUCGUGCAGAGAUACAUCCAGAACCCGCUGCUGCUGGAUGGGAAGAAGUUCGACGUGCGCUCCUACCUGCUCAUCGCCUGCGCCAUGCCCUACAUGGUCUUCUUCGGCCACGGCUACGCUCGCCUCACCCUCGGCCCUUAUGAUCCCCAUUCCAGCGACCUCUGUGGCCAUUUAACCAACCAGUUCAUGCAGAAGAAGAGCCCCCUGUACCUGCUGCUCAAGGACGACACGGUGUGGAGCAUGGAGCACCUUAACCGCCACAUCAACGACAAGUUCCGCAAGGCCAAGCGCCUCCCCCGGGACUGGGUCUUCACCACCUUCGCGAAGCGGAUGCAGCAGAUCAUGGCCCACUGCUUCCUGUCUGUCAAAUCCAAGCUCAAGUGCAAGCUGGGCUACUUUGACCUCAUUGGUUGUGACUUCUUGAUUGAUGAAAACUUCAAGGUGUGGCUGCUGGAGAUGAACUCCAACCCUGCCCUGCACACCAACUGUGAAGUCCUGAAAGAGGUGAUUCCAGGCGUGGUCACGGAGACUCUGGACCUGGCACUCGAGACCUUCCAGAAGAGGCUGCGCGGCCAGAAGAUGCUGCCGCUGCUGUCCCAGCGCCACUUCGUGCUCCUGCACAACGGCGAGGCAGACCUGUGGCCGCGCCCCGGGAGCUCCCGCAGCGUCCCCCGCCCGCCGUCGCCGCCGCCCGCCGCGUCCCCCGCUCUCCGCGCCGCCGGCAGGCCGGGCGCGCGUAGGCCCGCACCACGCCGGGGCCCCAGCGGCGCGCCCGGGCGGCCCUCCUCCGCACAGCGGCGCCCCCGGCCUCCGACCCCCGGCCCCGACGGCGCCCAGGGCGGGGACCCCGAGGCCCCGGGCGGCGGGGAGCCGGCGCGGGAGCCUUCCCCGGGGUCGUCGGAGGAGGAGCGCAAGAACGCGGGCCACCGGCGCCCUCGCGGGGGCCUAUAA